AAUCGGGCAGUAAACAAGCGAAGCUGAUCAGGACACUGUGAGACCGGAGUGACCAUCGGGUUGGGCACUGGGAAUUUCUUUUUUCACAAGGCAGCCAGCAACAUUGACAUCUGCUUCAGUGGCAACGUCAUUCCCCUUCCGGCAGAGUGGGAAACAUCCCAUAUAUUACUCCUGUAGCUACGAACAUGGACCCAAGUGAACAUUCAGGUUGCCAGGUGCUAAUACUCCAUGAGGAGGACGGGGCGGAGUGGAGUGAGUAUCUGUGUCGCCUCCUCAUCUCCUCGGGCUAUCUGCAAGCGCACCAGAUUGAGCCAUGCCCUCUGGGUGCCGUGCUCGCCACUUUGCUGGUUCACGGCAGAAACGACGACGCCGCCGCCGCCACAAACCCGACGCCCGAGCGUCCCAAGCCGGGUGCCUCCGGGCCGGCCAGUGAUUGCACCGGGUACGAGGAGCCGCGUCCGUCGCGCUUCCCGGCCAGGCAGGUCCUGCUGCACCUCCGUGGCUGCCCGUGCAAGGUGAUAGUGCUCACCCCGGGGCUGCUCGGAACGCUGCGGCAGGAGCCCAUGCCGGCCGAGGCAUUGGUGCGCGCCGUGGCGCCGCCUCGCAGCGUGGUGUUGCUCAAUUGCGACGCGGUGGAGGAGGAGGACGUCGCAACGUUGAGGGACGUUCUCCCCGACAGUCACCUGUGGGUCCACCUGAGCGCGUAUUGCCAAGCAGAGCAAUACCUCGCGGCCAUUCAGUGGACGAUACAAGGCAGUGUGCGAGAACCUGAGCGGCUCGCCGACUCUUCAGUUCCCUUUUAUGGGCAAACAUGUGAAGAGGAAGGAGAAGAGGAAGUGCCGCCCGGGAUUCUUGUGGCCGAGUUUAACCAAGAACUUCACGCUGAACCAUACGACGAUGACGAGAACGACGAAGAAGACAUUUACCUCGAUUUCUACUCCCACCCUCCACAAGGCGAUGUCAGCUCGAAUGUCGAUGGAUCUCAUUCCAACUGUUCUGACCAGAGGCCUGACACCGAUGACGACAUUCGCUCAGAUUCUAAUCUGGGCGCUGAUUAUAGCAGUUACUCUCAUCUUGAGCGAGGCAGUAAAGAUGAUGACCUUGGAUCUUAUCUGGGUACUCAUCAUAGCAGUUACCCUGAUCUUGAGCAAGGCAGUAAAGAUGAUAACCUUGGAUCUCAUCUGUGCACUGAUGACAGCAGUUACCCUGAUCUUGAGCAAGGCAGUAAAGAUGAUGACCUUGGAUCUCAUCUGGGCACUGAGGAUAGCAGUUACCAUGAUCUUGAGCAAGGCAGUAAAGAUGAUAACCUUGUCUCUCAUCUGGGCCCUAAUUAUAGCAGUUACCCUGAUCUUGAGCAAGGCAGUAAAGAUGAUAACCUUGUCUCUCAACUGGGCACUGAUGAUAGCAGAUACCCUCCUCAUCUUGAACAAGACUGUAAAGAUGAUGACCUCAGUUCAGAGGCAGACAGUAUUACAGACAUUGGCAAUGACCAUACAUACGAUAUAGGCCCUUUCAAUGAGCCCAACCUUGACAAAAACAAUGAUGAUCGCAGCCUUAGGCCUAAUGAUUAUCGUUACCUCGAUCGUAAUGUCAAUGAAAACCUUGAUACACAUCCUGACAACAACCUAUAUUCUGAUCUUACAUUGAACCCUACCUCAGACCGUGAUGGUAAAACGCGGCAAGAUAUGCAUUCAGUGAAGCAGUUCCACGUAAACACCCUACAAUCAGAAGACGAAAAUAGUUCUGCUGCUGAUGAUGAGAAAGAAGAAGAAAUGUUGGAUACGUCCACUGGAGAGUCUAAGGAACUGAUGAAUGCGCAGGAGGGAACAACUGAAGCUCAGAACGUGAUACAAAUUGAGUCUGUGAUUGUGGAGCCACGCAAAAUCAUCUGUGGAACGCGACCUGCUGUGCUCGUGCUGCUGUCCUCGAGGCUGCCGGACUCCGCAGUGAUCGUGACCGUGAGGUCCUCGCGCGACAGGCAGGGGACCCAGGUUCAGCCCGAGAGGCUCAACGUCUUCACACUGAGAUUCGAGGCACCCGAGCUGGGCCCGGGCCGCGCCACGGUAGCCGUGCACAGCGGAGAGGCGGGGGGCCUCCUGGCGCUGGGCGAGCUCACCUACGUCUCGCCACAGCAGCAGCUGCGCCACCUGCUCCACGGCGUCACCAAUCCCUUGAGCUUCAUGCAGCAGGCGUUUUCAAUGCACCACAGCCACACAGAUAAGAUGGACGAGAUGCUCACCGAGUCUUUGCAGAGCAACUUGUCUGGGACGAGAGUGCAGGCGUUCCCUGUCGGAGAACCAGACUCGUCUUCCGCGGACGCUGAGCUGCCAACCCUGCUGCACUUCUCGGCGCGGUUCGGCCUGCGGUGCCUCACCUCACAGCUGCUGCGCUGCCCGGGUUCCGAGUCGGCCCGGAACGUUCUCAACCGGCACGGGGACUCCCCCGGCUCCCUGGCCCACCGGCACGGAUUCCCUGCCCUAACGGAGCUCAUUCAAAACUCUGAGGAUAUCGAGUGGUCGGUAGUGCAGGAGGAGCAGCUAAGGCUGGGUGACCACGGCGAUGACUGCAAGGACUCAUCAGAGGAGGAGCUCUACAGCACAAUUUUGGAAAACCUCCUAAGCCGAGCAGUGGAGUGUGAGAACAGCAAAGCCCACGAAGAUGUUCGUGACAAGGGUCCGGGCACAGCAGCAGACUUCCGCUCACGUUCAAGCCCAAUGCCGGUCUCUUCUCAGGAAAUCCCAGGGGUGUGGGAUCACGGUGAAUGCGCACGAGACUUGGCAGAUGGCCACGUGAAGAAGGAUCCAUACAUUGUCCUGGAACUGAACGACUACGAGUUGAUGGGUGACAGCAACGUGUGGCCACCAGGCAAGAUGCCCGCCAAAUCAGCAGCGGCGGUGGCGGCUCCCGCGGCCCAGCACGACGCAGUGGCGCCGCCGCCCUGCCCACCGGGCUCCGGUGCGUACGCUCAGCAAGGCAAGACCGAGGAGGACGCUCGUCGGCGUUCUACUGGGGACGCCGGAGAUCAGGCCAAGCAGGAAUUGCUGCCUGGGCUCCAGGAGCUCAUCCAGCUGCAGCAGCAGGUGAAGCUCGGACACAUCUCCAUCGACCAGGCCGUGUCCAACUUCAAGACCUGGCAGCAGCAUCACGAGCAGCAGGCCGAAUCCAUGCAGAUUAAAGCGAAAAAUCUACAGCAGCUACGGAAAAGCAUCGCAGAGCGACAGAAGGACACAUCUUCACAGGCUGGCGUUAUGGAGAUCAUCCACCUGUCCGAUCGAGGGCUGUACCAAUCAGUGGAAGCGCCGUGCCCACCAGGGAAAGGUGACAAGGCGGGCAACCUUUCCAGCGUGGCCCAUGCACCGCCCAAAUUGUACAGCCAAGGUUGUGUUGACAAGGGGCCGUGUGGUCAAAGGAGCUCAAACCAGUCCUACAUCCUACCAAAGGAGGACGCGCGGCACGUUUCAGCUCCGCCUCUUCAGAACACGCACAACCAGAGAAGCGCGUUUCUCGGUCACGAGCCCCUGCCUGUCGCCCCUCGCCUCUCCCCGCGCCCAACGUUCUACAGCAGCGACGGUGCAGCCAGGUAUUCAACGUUACCACGAACAGAUGGGACAAGGGCAACAACUUUACCAAUUCCACAGCAGAGAAGGCUCACGUUGCCUCUGCAGACCCAGCACCAAUACGACACGUUUACCGGCCACUCGAGGGGCGCUUUGCCCGUGCCACCGAUGUUCACAGGCAAACAAUCGAGCCCAUCGUCCCAGACAACAGACAGUCCACUACUCCGAGCAUCCAGGCAAGAAGAUCAUCGCUUAAGGGUGGCACCUAGGUGUGCAGAAAACCUGUUUCCCCCAACACACAGACACACAUUCAACACCUUACCCCCAACACCCAGACACACAGACAACCCGUUACCCCCAACGUACAGGCACACAUUAUAUCCCUUACCUCCAACACCCAGAUACAGAGAUUAUUCCUCAGCCCCAACGCACAGACAGGCCUCCAGUACCUUACCCCCAACACCCAGAUACACAGACAAUCCGUUUCCUCCAAAACCCAGACACAUAGACAAUGCCUUACCUUCAACACCCAGAUACAAAUAUAAUUCAUUGCCAGCACAACCCGUAUCUUCUCGCCAAUCACACACCCAGUUACCCCUCCCACCCAGAUCUUCAUACAAACCCAUUUCCAUACGGCCUGAUUUGAGCGGCUCUUAUUUACUCACUCAGGCCAAAUACUCGCAGAGCGUGUCACCCCAACCACACGGACGCAAGCACAACACGUUGCCCGUGGUGGCAUCGCCAAGGCAACCUCAGACGGCCCCACCGCUGCCAUGCAGGAGUUCCCGAGCGCAGACCCUGCCCACUCCGCUGCCUCCUCAACUGCCAAAGCGUUCGCAAAAUCAGUACGUGUGUGACUAGGCUGCACGCAAUGAGAUACAAUCGUCUAAAUUACUGGGAAUAUUUUCGGAUUUAAAAUGCGAUGAUGGAAUUUACAAAGUAACGUUUAUGGAAAUCUUAAGAAGGAUGAUUAUAAAAGGUAUUCGGUUAAAACCUUUAAAAUAUUUGUAAAACUUUGUAAAAUGGUUGAAUGAUAUCCUGUUCAAGUUUGUGAAUUGGGAAUUGAGUCGUUCUAUGUUCCAUGGUCUGUUUUGAGUGACCACAGUCGCACACCACAGAGUUUAAAAUUUUCCAUUGGUUUGUGCAGAUGUGGUUUAGGGUUGUGGCCCAUGAGCUGAGUGGAAAAUUUUAACCAGGGAUCAGCAUCCGGUCUUCCAUGACAUGUUUGUGAAGUGUCGUGAUCUCCAUUCGGGGUUUCAAGCAUCAUCAGGGUGGAAGUUGCAUUGUUGAAGGUUAAGUGGGUGGGUCCAAAAGGGCUUGCAUAACUUCAAACGGUGGUGAGUGACAUUUUUGAUAUCCUGGUGGAUGGGGAGAUGUAUGUUUCCUAUGCAUCGCUGGACUUCCUGAAUGGAUGGGGAAGCUACGUGCGAUGACACAGGAAGCCAGGGCAUUGGGGUCGUCUUGGGGAUUCCAUGUCAUUGCAUCGUUCAUUUGGACAUCAACAAAUCGAGUCUGUAGCACCAAUGUUGAUGCUCCCCAUCUUGUGGGUGCCAGUUUCUGGACCAGAUUUACCCUUAUCUUCAUUUUAGUGGCUACCUUCAGGUGAUCGUGGAAGGUUAGGGUGCGGUCCAAAUUCACUCCUAGGUAGGUCGGAGCGGGGUCAUCUUGCACAGUGUAGCCACAAAAGGACACUUUCAGGGUGUGCUUAACAGUCUUGUUACGAAGAUGACAUGCAGCUACUCGGCUGAGCCUCCAUGUCCGGAAAUAUCUAUCUAUGGUGUUUAGGUCCCCGUUCAAGAUGAAUUCGAUGUCAAUGAAGGUGACUGCUUGAAUAGCCAAGGCAAGGUCAUCCACGUAUGCAAUAUGUGCUAAUUCGUUGGUGGCGCAUCGCUUUUGUAAAUAAUAAAGAGCGACGGCGUGAGUGCUAAGCCAAAUGGACACAUUGCUCGACAUCGUCCAUAGUAGGCAUAUUUGAGGCAGGGGGGUGAUCCUUACGAACUUCAUGUAGGUCUUUAAAUCACAACCGUGUCAUAGUUCGAUGACAUGUCUACAAAGGCUGUACUGGUCUUGGAUUUCUAGGAUCUGGCCUCGAUGUGCAUUGCAAGGACCAACAUUUGGUCACAGCAACAGCCUUUAGGCCAGAAACACAUCCAUAAUUUUCAUAUUAAAUUAAUGGGAAAAGCCAUUCAAAUUAACAGAAUGUCGUUUUACUCAUGUUUUUUGAAGAAUGUAUCACUUACGUAAAUCGAGGGAUACCUGUACAGCGCUUUGGCAAUCCACUGCUGGAUGAAGGCCUCCCCACGCCGUCAGUCAUGGGGGUUGUUUGGCUGCUACUUUAUCCAGUGGUCAGUGUGGGUUGGUGAAAUAUAAAUUUAAGGGGAAACUGAAUAUACUACAUUGAAAUUAUAAGAAUAAAGGUUUUCAGCCACGUUUAAAUGUAUGAAAUUGUUUUGAACAUGUAACCAAUAUACUUUACAACAUUUUAUUGCAUCAUAACCAUGAACAUUUGAAAUAUAUUUGGGUAACAAAAUACCCUUGUGAUUAGAAAAAUAUAUUUUUAGUUUGCAAUGUUUUGAAAAAAGUUAUGUAAGUAAAAUGUAACCGUAACAUAUCGUGCACCUACACAAAUGAAAUAUACGUUUAUUGUAUUCAAACGGUAUUCAAGUGCACGCACACUUUUAUAUGUACCUGCUUAUCUUAAAUUACAUUACUGUAUAUGCGUUUUACAUACUACUUGUUUCAAUUACAAUGCAUGUACUCAUUUUUUAUAUGUACUUCUUAUGUUCAUUAAACAUGUCAAGCUCAAAUGAG